AAGGAAUUGACGUAGAGCAAGCAACUUCCUAGACUCUCUCACAUGGCGUCUCCAUAUUCUCCUCCGUUGGUGAAGAAACUCCUAAGCUUCUUUUUAACUACUCUUCUUCUCACUAUUGUCAACUCGCAAACGAAAUGCAGGAAUUUCAAAUCCAUCAUCAGUUUUGGCGACUCUACUGCCGACACCGGAAACUUGAUCGGCCUCUCUGAUCCUAAUGAUCUUCCUGCCGCCGCGUUUCCACCGUACGGAGAAACAUUCUUCCACCAUCCCACGGGCCGUUUCUCAAACGGUCGUCUCAUUAUAGAUUUCAUUGCUGAAUUCUUGGGUCUACCGUUAGUGCCUCCUUUUUAUGGAUCUCAAAAUGCAAGCUUUGAGAAAGGAGUUAAUUUCGCGGUGGGAGGAGCAACGGCAUUGGAACGUUCCUUUCUCGUGGAGAGAGGGAUUAAUUUUUCUUACACUAAUAUUAGUUUAGGAGUUCAGCUUAAGAGCUUCAAGGAUGCUUUGCCUAACCUAUGUGGCUCCCCAUCAGACUGCGAAGACAUGAUCGAAAAUGCGUUGAUUCUCAUGGGAGAAAUUGGAGGGAAUGACUAUAAUUACCCACUCUCUCUUGGCAAACCCAUUCAAGAGGUCAGAGAGUUGGUUCCACUUGUGGUCACUACUAUUUCUUCUGCAAUCACGGAGUUGAUCAGUAUGGGGGGAAAAACAUUUCUUGUGCCCGGACAGUUCCCGCUUGGAUGCUCCACUACCUACUUGCAAACAUAUAAAACAUUAAAUACUGACGAAUAUGAUUCUACGGGUUGUUUGAAAUGGUUGAACGAGUUAGGAAAAAACCAGGGCGACCAGCUUCUAGUAGAACUCAACAAGCUCCAGAAGCUAUACCCUCAUGUCAACAUCAUAUACGCAGACUACUACAGCAUUUUGCUUCGCCUUAUUCAAGAACCAGCUAAAUACGGGUUCUUAAGCAAACCCUCACCUUUGCCCCCUUGCUGCGGUACUGGAGGAUCGUACAGUUCCUCAUUAGCUAGGACAUUUGGCUUAAAAGGACUUACAUGUUGUAAUGAUCCUUCAAAGUAUGUGCACUGGGACAGUGCUCAUAUGACUGAGGCUGCGUACAGAUUGAUGGCUGAGGGUGUACUUAAGGGACCCUAUGCGAUCCCUCCUUUCGACUGGUCUUGCCUUAACCCUGAAAUUAAGAACAGUGGAUCAUCUGAUACAGAGCAUUCUUUGAUGUAACUGAUCAAGUUGUUCUGAGAUUUGAGAGAGAAUAAGGAUACCAAUAAUAUCAUGUAUGUACUAUUUGAACAUUUGUAUUGUUGUUAUGAUAAUGCAAAUAUGUAUCUGAAUAUAUUUUUAUUCUGUUUAGAAGUAAAU